UAAUGGCCGCCGGUGGCGCAGUAGUGAGUGACAGAUACGCGACGACGGUCCGGUUCGCUCGAGCGUCGCAUCAUCCCCGGGGUGUCCGCGGGAGUCGCGUGAGUGAUAGAAUGCUCAUUCUCAUCUGAGAUAACAGGGAGAAAGAGAGAAGGAAUAUAAUAAAAGUGUGCGUCGCGUGUGUACGCGUGGGAGGGAAAGAAAGAAGUAAAAGAUAGGGAAAGAGCGAGCGGUGCGGCAACCCGCCACUGUUCCCGGCGCCGGCGGGAUGAUUAAGGAUAUGGCGGACGAUGAGGCCAUACAGGCCACCAACGACGACGCCAGCGAGUGCAAACGUUACGCGGUGCAGCUCGGCUACUGGUGCGACCCGUUCAUCAGCCUGUUCGUCAAGCAGACCGCCCGGAAGGCGCCCGAGAUCAAUCGCGGCUAUUACGCCAGAGUCAAGGGCAUCGAGCUCUUCGUCGAGAACUUUCUCAAGCUGUCUGGUGGUAAAGGUCAGAUCAUAAACUUGGGCGCUGGUUUUGACACACUUUAUUGGAGACUUAGGGAAGCAGGGAAUAGCCCUGGGAACUUCGUGGAACUUGACUUCCCCAGCAUAACUGCGAAGAAAUGUUAUCACAUCAAGAAGCACAAGCAAUUAAUCGAUAUGCUAAACACUGAAGACGGAGAAAUCCGAUUUUCAACCACAGAACUGCACGCCGCAAAUUAUCACCUGGUUGGUACAGAUCUGCGACACAUAGCGGAACUAAAUAACAAAUUGACCCAAGCCGAAGUCAAUUUCAAUUUACCCACUAUGUUCCUCGCAGAAUGUGUUCUAGUGUACGUAGACGCUAGUGCGACUUCGUCGUUAUUAAAAUGGUUAGCGAGCAAGUUCCCGAACAGUUUGUUUGUCAGCUACGAACAGGUGAACAUGAAGGACAAAUUCGGCCAGGUCAUGCUGUCGAAUUUGCGUAGCCGUGGGUGCUUAUUAGCAGGUGUAGAGGACUGCGAGUCGUUAGAGACUCAACAGAGACGUUUUACCAUAAACAAUUGGGAGGGGACGAGUGCGUGGACGAUGGUGGAUGUUUAUGAUUCACUGCCUGUAAUGGAUCGUAGUCGAAUCGAACACAUAGAAAUGCUGGACGAGCGAGAGCUCCUUACUCAACUGCUCCAGCACUACUGCAUCGCCGUCGCUUGGAACGGACAAACGUUUAAAAAUUUGUCUAUAGCACAGGGUUAGGUGUCGGCCGCCUGACCGCUUCUUUCUGUGUCUCUCUCGCGAGUUACUCCAGGUAAAUGACGUCAUGUAAUUCGGGCUCGACGAGCCCUAGUAAGUUUAUAUAAUCUCGAUCGACAGAGCAGGAGAUAACGCUUCUCAGAUUGCGCUUAGGUACAUCUCGACGAUUAAUCUCGAAGAGUUGAAAUAGUCUACGUCACGAGGAUAUAGCUUCCUCCAGUUAAAAGAUGCUUUUAACUUUUUGUCAUACAGGAACAUCGCCAUAAUAAUUUUUAUAUAAGUUUUGAAUAUAUUCUUCGUUCUUCGAUAAGUGCGUAUUACACGCGUUGUUUAACGAGCGUUGCAACGAGAGAGAGAGAAAUAGAUAGAGGUUGCGAUUGCGAUAAUCGAAUCACGCAAAAUACGUAUGCGACUAGCCGGCAGUGUUAACGGCUGUCGCGGACAACUUCUGGCAUCUUUUCGCAGAUAAUAAUUUUCCAGUCAUCUUAAUUUACGUGCGACAUAUCUUAAUUAUGUGUGUAAUAAUGUAUAACGAUUUUACCUGCAAAAGAUUGUCACGCUCCUCUCACCACCAGAUUUAUGUAUAAAGUUAUAUGGUCGUUAUUAUAAUUAUUAUAGAUUGCUAUUGUUACGUGGUUCGCGAUCGAACGGCGCGACACGAUGGGCAGAGAGUAAUUUAUUGUAUUAUGAGAUAUCAUUGAGGAUUAGUAACUCAACUUACGUUUUUAUCACUUGUUAUUCAAGUAUGAUUUCUUUGUUUUAAUAAAUGAAAAUUGUAGAGUCCGUGCUAUGAUUGCGAAGAAUAAUUUCGUACAAAGAUCUGCAAAAUCUACUCUUUUUAUCUGCAUUCUUCUACGAUUUCUGCACGUAAACGAGAAAUGCGCCCUCGUUAUUGCAGAUAGGAAAAGUCUAGAGAUAUAAAAAGCUAGAAAAAGACUAGAAAAAGGCAUGAAGAAAGUACAGUUAAAAAGGCACGGAUCUAUAUUUUUAAUCUUUCACCGCGAAUACAAAGAAUAUUUUUCUGAAAAAAACACAUUCGUGUAUAGAACUUGGAUUCUACGAAAGUCUUAAUAUAUAUAAUUACGAUAUUUGUGAAAUACAGUGUAAAAUUAUUCCUUACGCGCGCGACCCGGUCCUUGUGUGUGUGAAUGUGUAUUAUAUGUUAGAGAUUACGAAUUAUAUUGAGCCGUGAUAAGGCGAUUAGUUUUACGGUGUAAGCGCUACAAGCGGUCAGUUUCAGGCACGUGUCCUGCGAACCGCGCGCGGAGAGAGAAAGAUAUAUAAAUGUGCGUGAUUACUUAAGAUAAUAAAAGCAAAUGUGUGCAACGAAAAGUAAGACUUUAAGUAUCGAGCGUGGUACUUUUUGCAAAAAGAUCGACGUGCGAUCAGAUACCGCGCAUUUUUGCGAGCGUUAGUCAGAGAGAAUCGGCGAUAUGUGUUCGUAAUUAAAAUUUAAUUAAUUUUAUUCAUUCGCUUGUAGAUAUCGAACUCGUAAUUUUUGUUUCCAUCGAGACUGCGAAAUAAAAAGGAAACGCGUACCGAUGUUCUUCGAUAUAUAAAAAUCCGACAUUUUUUUAACGUUAUAAUAACAGAGACGCUUACGCUAGUACAGUAUUCCGCUUCUUUUCAACACCAAUACGAAGAGUAUGUUGCACUUAAGCAGGUUACGUAUCGAUAUAUGGUAAUGAGGGAUCGACAGAAAGAUUUAUUUUCAUAUUGAGGAAUAUCAGGGUGACGCAUGUGUAUUCAGUCUAAGGAUAAUACGAGAAGAUAUUAUAAGAUUUUAAAAGACAUUUGAAUCAUCUUUUUGUAAAUACAAAGCAGUAUUGGGCAUUAUGCGAUUAAUUUAUUGUUGUAAUUUAUUUUUGUUAAUUUAAAAUAAUCGAAAAUUUUUAAAUACAUAUAACCAAAUGAUUAAUAAAACCAAUUAAUUAAAUAUUAAUUUUGUAUAAUUAAUCGAUUAAGUUUUCGCCUAACUAGAGAUUUAAUUGACUCAAAAUAUCAAGGCAACUAAAAAAAUUUCAUUUUUUAUUGUAAACAAGAACUAAAUUUUUAGUCGUAAUUCUAUAAUCAGUAAAUUGAUAAAAAUUUGCCCAGCACUGUACAAAAUACAUAAACAUUUCGCGAGCAGAACUCGGACUUUAUCGCGAAGGAAAUGAGGCGUGAUCGCAGAGAUUGUUUAUCUCAGUAAAGGGACAUUGAUCGCUUUUCUGGAAUCUGACGGCCUACUGGAUUGGAAUUCUGUAGUGAUAUUGUAUGUCGAUACAUGUGAUUUUAGCGAUUUUGCCUUGGACACAAACGAAGGUAAUUUCUCAGAUCUGCUAGCGAGUUUCUGUAAUCUCCACGUUUUGUUUUAAAUGUGUUUCUCGACCGUCUCUUUUCAAUACUUUUAUCGUUACGCGCGAGCAGUUUAUUAGAUUUAAGAGACGAGAAUACAAGCGUAUUCCAUCAGAUCUACUGCGCGGAUUUACAGAAAGAUGUACGAGUGGUUGCUCGGUCUCUUGUCCCUUCCCCCUUUGAUGAGUAAGGUUACAUACCUGGAGUAACGAACAUGUAUAAGAAAAAAAGAUAGUCAGAUGUUCUAUUUUUCUCAGAAGUUACAAAAAUUGCAGCCAUUGUUACGAUAUCUAUCAACGUUUGUAGGUAAAUCCUCGCCUCCGCCUCCGCCUCCAUCGCCCGACAUGUCGCCUUUGCACGUAGAGGAAUAAUCAAGACCUAUCUUUUUCGCGUUAGUUUCGUGUCACGUGUAAGUCAUUCGAGAUAAAAUUUACUGGUUUACUCAAACGCUCGUUUAUGUGUUCAAGUCGACUUAAAGUUUGAGAAUCAAAAUAAAACUUUCAUGUGCAUCUAGGUUGUCUUUCGAGACGUCGUCGUGAGAAUUCGAGCAAGGCACUGCCAUGAAAAUUAAGUAAGAUCUCAAAGUUCACAGUUUUAAAACUCAAUAAAUUUGUCAUUUUUACGUGCACCGGCUCUUUUUGAAAUGAGAGAAAAAAGGAGCAACAAGAACAAAUCUGUUUUAGCAUUAUUUUUUGUAAAUUUUUAAAAAUUCAUAAAAUUUAUUUUGAUUUACGUUUAAAUUGAAUUAUUAUUUUAAUUUUAUUUCGAAACAUGAAUUUUACGUCACAAAAAUUGCCUAAACAGAAACCGCGUAUCAAAAAAAUUUUUUUUACUUUUUUAAAAUUCAUUAUUAAUGAAUUUGUUGCAUAUUCAAACGAAAUAGAAUUAAUGGUCGCACAAUUAAAAAUGAACAAAUCCGUACGAAUUACACGAGCAGACUGCGAGAAAUCACGAGAAUACCAAUUUGAUUCUCAAACUUAGGUAAUACGAUAACGUUGUGCGGACGGUAUGCACAGCUUCACAUUUCUUCGCCUCGAUUUCAUUCUACAUUUCAUUAAUUUUAUGUACGGAUGUUGUACACCUUGAAAAAGAAGAUAUGAAAUCUAUAUUAUAUGGAUAUUCAGUGUGCUUCCAUUGUCAUUAUGAACUAAUAAGGAUGGAAAAAAUUGUGCAUCUUUAUAUUCGCAUAAUUGUGAUAUUGUUAAAUUGUGCAUUUAAUGAUUAGAAAAAAACGAGCGAUCAGUUAUUAA